CAUGGAGAAACCAGUGCCCGGUUGACGGACUUCAUAGACGUUAAAUACAAGAUGGUUCUUCACUCCAACGUGAAUGUAGGACAGCGGGUUGAAGUUUUACAGGGUGGCAGUAUUUACAGAGGAAUCGUUAGAUACAAAGGGUGUAUUGCCACAAGGAAAGGCGACUGGGUCGGAGUAGAGUUCGAUUUUCCUGUGGGAGAUAACUGUGGUAUGGUACGAGGUCGCUCCUAUUUCCAAUGCAGAGAUAACCAUGGCAAGUUUGUUCGAUCAAACAAAAUACGUUUUAUUCCAAGCGGGAGAUGUUUAUUCAACCGAUACUUCAGGGUACUUGACGAUGAGCCUGUGGAUGAAACACUGUUUAAAACACCUCGACCUGCAGUAAAGAAUGGUCCCUAUGACCCAGUGGAGUUGUCACCCGAGCGGUACAGUCGAGUGCGUAGUUCAUUGGACUUCAACAUAGAUCAGGUCUGGCCUGCCUACUGUGUCCAGCAGUCACAGAACUAUCCCUUGAGGCACAGCGUUGGGAAUCGUCUUCCGGCCGCCACCAUGCUCCGACCCCAGACGGCCAGAAACCCAUUCCAGUACACCAGCCGCCCCAUCCACACUGAAUACAGAGUGGACGAGGAUUUCAUAGCGAGUCCGUCGAUCCCCAAGACACACAUGCCGUAUCUGGCGCUGAGAAAACAGGUGCGGAGAGGCUGGGACGAUUCUCAUUACGUACGGGAAAUGUCCGUGGGAACCGGGAGAGAGAAGAUGAAAUUCUCGCAGUGGAACGAUGUGUCUGGUUGAUCGUACUCCAGUAGAUUCAGUAGAGCUUUCUUUGUACAGGAAUUCUCUUAAUGUGUCAGUAUUAACGAGAUCGUGAAGAUCAAAUUUUCUGGCUGAUUAAAAAAAAUAUUUCAUUUCAUUUACAUGUAGCUCAUGGUAGACUUCAAGCACCUAUGUUCUGUUAGAAAUGCUAGGUGGGAGAAGAUGAACAGUUUGCUUUUACAGUUAAAUGAUCUGACUUGGUGUACUGUUGUAGUUCAUAGAUUGCACUGGACAGUGGGGACGUCAGACAAUUCUACCAUGCUAAACAAUACUAAAUUGGAUGUAACUGAAAGCAUUUCUCUUGUGUUAAAGAUACUGGAUAGUGCUUGGCUUAGGACGUGAGACAAUUCUACCAUGUUAAAUAAUAUUAAAUUAGAUGUAACUGAAAGCAUUUCUCUUGUGUUAAAGAUACUGGAUAGUGCUUGGCUUAGGACAUGAGACAAUUCUACCAUGUUAAAUAAUAUUAAAUUAGAUGUAACUGAAAGCAUUUCUCUUGUGUUAAAGAUACUGGAUAGUGCUUGGCUUAGGACGUGAGACAAUUCUACCAUGUUAAAUAAUAUUAAAUUAGAUGUAACUGAAAGCAUUUCUCUUGUGUUAAAGAUACUGGAUAGUGCUUGGCUUAGGACAUGAGACAAUUCUACCAUGUUAAAUAAUAUUAAAUUAGAUGUAACUGAAAGCAUUUCUCUUGUGUUAAAGAUACUGGGCAGUGCUUGGCUUAGGACGUGAGACAAUUCUACCAUGUUAAAUAAUAUUAAAUUGAAGUAACAGAAAGCAUUUCUCUUGUGUUAAAGAUACUGGAUAGUGCUUGGCUUAGGACGUGAGACAAUUCUACCAUGUUAAAUAAUAUUAAAUUGAAGUAACAGAAAGCAUUUCUCUUUUGUUAAAGAUACUGGACAGUGCUUGGCUUAGGACAUGAGACAAUUCUACCAUGCUAAAUAAUAUUUCACCAGCUAGGGCUAACAAAUUGACUGCUUUUAGCUAUUUCGAGCCCUGUAUCACCUAUCUAUCUCAACACCCUUCACCAGUGCACUCUGUGCACCCUGCUGAUGGGGAAUGGCAGGUGUGUGGCACAGAUGGCCACAAGAGACAAGCACAUGUUGUGGUUGGACAGAAUGAAUGGGAUGUGGAGGUGGACAGUGAAAGUAGUUGAAAGAUAGGAAAAACUGCCAGAUCAGGAAAAUAUAAGAUAGAACGAAGAGAACAGAAACAAAAAGGGGUAGUGGGAUUUUUUUUUAAAAGAAAAAAGAAUAGAAAAUAUUAACUGAAAACACUUUUAACAGUAUGGGAAAUCUGACUGUUUUACAUGUAGCUGUUCAAUGCGAUUUUAGGAAUUCAACUUUUGGAAUGUCUUACUUUUCGUCUAGCUGUUAAGAUUUUGAACACAUCACCUAUCAUUUCAUUUCAACUUAUUUUCGUGCUUAUGUCCAAUUAAGUUUCAAGCAUGCUGUCCUGGGCACACCUCAGCUAUCUGGGCUGUCUGUCCAGGACAGUGGGUUAGUUGUUAGGUGGUUAGUGG